AUGUCGUGAACCAGCUAAUAACGGCAUUCGCUCCUCUUGUGCAACAAAAUCCUGUACUCAAUGCGUUCUGGCCUUCUUUCAUGUCGUCCAUAUAUUGUGUAAUGAUGAUGUUGUGUGCUGUAACACAACUUAUACAAGUUGCCAUUGUUCGCCUUCAUUACGACUUCGACACAGACUUCUGGAGUAAAAUCCUGCAGACAAUCACCAUCCUGACAGGUUCAUUGGCUGUAAUUUCCCUCCUUUCAAUUAACAAACCAUAUAUUGCCUCGUUCUGGUUUAUUGUAUGGCUCCUCUUUGCUGCACACCGUAUUCACACCUUGAUUCUGGACUUAAACCCACCAAUGUUGCCCAUUACCAGCCACAGCUACGUGGGAUCCAAUUCUAAUUACGCCACUACAAUUAUUGGAAAAAUGAAAUUUUGGGCUACAAACUUGCUCCAGUGGUGUGCUGCAGUACUAAUUCCUAUGGUUCGUCCUAGGAGUAUGCUUGAUCGCCCCAAUGGUGACAUGGUCCAGCAGGGUUGAGUAUCUUGUACCAGAUCAAUCUGAUAAGCUAUUUGAGCUUGGAUUGUUAAAGCAGAUCUAUAAUGUGGUUAAAGCAUGCUCUAAUCCUUCAAUGAUACACACAUUGUUUAGUGCUACUUUACCUGAUUUCAUUGAGGACCUCGCACGCACAAUAAUGCAUGAUGUUCGUGUUGUUGUUGGCAGGAAGAAUACUGCUUCAGAAUCAAUCAAGCAAAAGUUGGUUUUUGCUGGAAGUGAAGAAGGGAAAUUACUAGCACUUUGUCAAAGCUUCUCAGAGAGUCUGAACCCACCAGUAUUAGUCCUUGUGCAAAGCAAGGAACGAGCAAAGGAACUUUGUGAAGAACUGAAAUUUGAUGAUAUUAGAGUUGAUGUCAUCCAUUCUGAUCUGUUCCAAUCACAGCAUGAAAAUGGCGUCAAUGAUGUCAGAGCUGGCAAAACGUGGGUUUUGAUUGCUAUUGAUGUUAUUGCUCGUGGUAUGGACUUCAAGGGUGUCAUUUGUGUGAUAAAUUAUGAUUUUCCAGAUUCUGCUGCUGCAUACAUUCACAGAAUUGGUCAGUCUGGCAGAGCAGGGAGGAGUGGAGAAACAAUAACUUUCUACUCGGAAGUUGAUAUUCCUUACUUGUGGAACAUAGCUAAUAUGAUGGCAGGAUCUGGCUGUGAGGCAUCUUGGAGCAUGGCCUUGCCCAAACUGAAGGGGAAGAAGCAUAAAGAUGCAGACGAAAAGAAAAAGGUGGUCCGAGCAAGCCUUGGACCCAGAAGAAUUUCGUAGAGGUUUUCUUGUUGUACUUUAUAAAUCAUGAUCCUCAGGUCCAAUAUCCAAUUCAUCUUUUGCAUUCAUGUAUCUAUUUUCUUCAAAAAGCAACCAGCAGAUCUUCAACUGACUGAAAAUGAUAAUGGAAGAUUUGAGGACCGUGUAUGGUUGUAAGAACUAGUUUUAGAUGUGAUCCAAGGUAAAACAGGAUCUCCUUUUUGUGAUAUCCUUGUUGCUAAGAGUCCUGUUGGCUACUUGGCCCUUAGGUCAGGGGUUUCAAAGGCUGGUGAAUGGUGAGAUAAAUAAAAGCCAAGUGUUGACUGCAAUGUAUUAUAUUCAUUUGAUUUGGUGUUAUUGUAUUGUGCAAUAGUGAUUGUAUUCUUUUCUCAUUGGCUUCCUUUGAUUCGGAAAAUCUUUGCCCUGUUAUGUUCAAGACAUACUUUGUCAUAUGUAUCUGCAAUUAAUGAUAAUUGGAAUG